AUGGAUGGCAAAGGCUGCUGUAAUCUCAUGGACAAGUUGUCCAUCUCUGCUGACACUCAGCACAUACAGCUGCCCCGGCCUUUCUGUGCAGACCCGCUGGUCAUGUUUCACAUGUAUCCAGAAACAGCAAACCAGGUCGCUUGCUCUGAAGAUCUGUCAUUCCUUCCUUUCAUGUCUGAGCAUUUCAUCACGGAGAACUUCUGCAGUGAUCCCUGUGGCUUUUCCUACCAAAUACCCCACUGCAGUUACAACAGGAGCGAGUACUCCUAUGGGCCAGCUUUCAUCAGGAAGAGGAAUGAGAGGGAAAGGCAGAGAGUUAAAUGUGUCAAUGAAGGCUACGCUAAAUUGAGACAUCACCUGCCUAAGGAAUACUUAGAGAAACGGCUCAGCAAAGUAGAGACUCUCCGGGCAGCAAUAAAAUACAUCAGGUACCUCCAGUCUGUUCUGUACAGUGAUUCUGUGGCAGCAGACAAAAUUGUCGUGGAGCCAAGCCAAGCACCUAAAGCAAUUAACAAACAAAGCCAAUUUUUGAAGGCUAUCUAAACUGUUCCAAACCAAGGGAAAUAUAUCCUGCACGGGAACCUGGUAGCCUCUGCUAUGUUGUUAAUGGUGUGCCCGUUCCUGAAACAUCUAGGAGCAGAUCAUAGUGCACAUCCAUACCAGCCCACAGAAAAAGCAUUUUAGUUUGGUAGGUAGUGACUGCGCUUAGGGAAGUGUGACUGGGGAAAUCACUCCUGAGUGGCCUCGGAUAAUUCAUGGAAAUUGGAAAGCACAUCUAAAAUUGUUACCCAGCAAAAAAUAGAAUACCUACAAGUGUGAAUUAAUUGUAUGUGCCAUCACAUUCUUCGUGCUUUGAAAUAAAAUAAAGUCUUUCCAGCGGUCA